AUGAUAUGGAGACCAAUUGAAUUAGGAAUGAGAAGAAUAGAAGAAAAUAGGAAUGAAAAUUAUGAUUCUCAAUAUAUUAUAGAUUAUUACAAUAAUAUAAAUUUGAAGUAUAAAGAAGAAAAGAAAUUGGUUAUUAAUGAAGAAGAUGAGAAGAAUGUAGAUGGAAUUCUAUUUGAAAAAGCUACAGAUAGUGAAUAUGGAGAAAUGAUGAAUGAAAUUCAAGGAGCAAGAAAUCGACUCCAACAAUAUGAUUCACAUAACAAAAUGAUUAUUAUAAUUGAAACGAAUUAUGGAGAUAUCUAUAGUGUAUUUGGAAAGGAAAAUCUUAUUAAUAUAGUGGCAAUUGAAACAUUCUUUAGAGUUAAAAAUACAAAUGAAAUGAUUAAUAUAUUCCAUAUGAUAAAAGAGAUAAUGAUACAAAUUGUUCGAUUGAUGGCUCUUUACUAA